AUUCAAGCUGAAGAAUUGUCCGUCAAGCUCUGCAAUACUGUAGAAUACCCACAACGCAAUAUGAGUGUCGCGACCAAACGCCCCUUCAAAGUGAGAUUUGCCAACGGUUCCAAGUAUCAAAAGGCGAUUGAAGCCCAUGAGCAUGAACCGUCUGCUUGCCAAAUAUCCUUCCCCUCCCAUUCCACGUCCCGUUGCGAGGAAAGCUCCAAGCCUCAACGCACAAAGAGUCGUCUGGGUUGUUUAGAAUGCCGAAUCCGACGCGUCAAGUGCGAUGAGACCUUUCCAGUAUGCCUACGCUGCCAACGUCGCGGCUCCGUCUGCAUGGCUAGCAACCGCCCAGCUCGGUGGCGAAUUGAGAUGCCUUGGCUGUCCAAUAUGGCGCUCCUCAACUCCUGGCCCGCCGAUAACCCUCCAAAUAAGAGGCUCGUUCAAUACUGGAUUGAGCAGGUCAGUCAAGGCCUCUGCAUCGACAAGAAUCACAACCCCUUAGCGCUACCUCUCUUACCAUAUAUGGUAGCUAGCCCUUCACUACUCCACGCGAUACAGAGCAUCAGUGCUGGCCAUGAGGUCUUCUUUAAUGACCGAGCUCUUACUCUCUGCCUACAAGAACGUGGUCAUUCUAUGAGACUAGUUCGCGAGGAGCUGCAGGUCCAGGAUUCCGAAACCAUCUCUAUUACUUCUAUACUCACCGUCUUUCUACUCGGAGUAUCCUCUUCCUGGAUCGAGUCACGCCCUGAAUCAUGGGGUAAAGAGCACCUGGAUGGGGCCCGUGCUCUUAUAAAGGUUAUUCUGGCUGGCCCAAGAAAUAUGGCUGGUUCAAGGAAUGAGGCAGACCCUCUAAUCCAGCUCCUGUAUGGUUGGUUUCUCUAUUGGGAUAUGACGUGCUCGAUUCUCGAUGACCCCGACAAUGUUCUAAAUCAAGGGAUACCAAAGUUGGGACAGGACCCUGAUUGCUUUCAUCCUAUGAUAGGCUUCUCCUCGGAGCUUUAUUCAAAGGUUGCUGAUGUUGGUCGUCACUGUAGACGGCUUUACGAUCGUGGCCAUGCAGACCCAGACUUUGACGACGGAGAAGCCGAAAGACAACUUUUAGCAUGGUUGCCAACCCGUGGCGAUAAGUAUAUCCGCGACUUGAGUUGCGCUUACCGAAAUCAUGGCCUGUUGAUGCUGUAUGAGGCACGCCAUCUCGUCGAGAGUUCUGACACGUUCUCAUCUUUCGAUAAACGAGAUGGUCAUGAUCAAAACGACAAUGAGCCCGGUUCUGCAUCAAAUAUCAGAUCUCUUGCUUUACAGACCAUAGAAAGCAUGCUCGAAACUCCCCUCACCGAGCCCUGCGUCAACUACCAGUCCCUACCUCUGCUUAGCGCUGCAGCUGAGCUUACAUCUGCAGACACUGACUUGAGGAAUAAAGUUAUAUCGCGAUACAAGGCGCUCUAUUCAUUAGCCCGCUUUCCAAUCUAUAUGCGGUCUGUCCAGCUAUUAGAAGAGCUUUGGCCUCUGCGAGACUGCGGCUUGGGGGUAUCAUGGUUAGAUCUGAGUUUGACAAAAGGUUGGAAGUUA